AUGGCAGGUAACAAUCAAAGCAACAAGCGCACUCGCUCGCCCUCGAGAUCUCCUUCACGAUCACCGCCGCGCCAGCGAAAGCGCCCUGGAGCCGGUGCGCGAGUAUCGGCCGCUGACCGCGAGGCUGCCCGAAAGCGCCAGCAGGCAAGGGAGGAAGAGGCAGCUAGGAGGGCACAUCAGGAAGCCGCGCAGCGCGGUGUACAUGAUGUCGUCAAGCAGCACUACAACAUGGUGCCAGAGCGCGGCCGUGAAUGGCGCAACACAGACAGUAAGAUCAAGGGUCUGCGCAGCUUCAACAACUGGGUCAAGUCGUCCAUCAUUCAAAAAUUCAUUGGCGACGAGCGGAACCUCAAGAUCUUGGACGUUGGGUGCGGAAAGGGCGGCGACUUGGGCAAGUGGGAGAAGUCGCGGAAAGUCGAGCUGUACGUUGGCUGUGAUCCUGCCGAUGUGUCCAUUAAGCAGGCCAAGGACCGAUUCGCGCAAAUGCAGAAGAAGAACCGACGACUGUUCCAUGGCGAGUUCUAUGCCAAAGACUGCUUUGGAGAGUGGCUAGGUGACAUACCCAUCAUUAAGGAAGUUGGGAUUGACCCCGGUGCCGGCCAGGGCAAUGCCAUGAGCCAACGCUGGGGUGGUGGAGGCUGGGACAUGGUCACGAUGAUGUUCUGCAUGCACUACGCGUUUGAGAGCGAAUCCAAGGCCCGAGGUAUGCUGCGCAACGUUGCGGGCGCGCUGAAGAAGGGCGGACGCUUCAUCGGUUGCAUUCCCAACUCGGAUAUCCUUUCGAACAAGGUCAUUGAGCACCACAAAGCCAAGGGCACAGCACUGCCCGAGGUUGUUUCUGGCCUUGAUGAGGACGACGACCGGCCUACAUUUGCCAGUGACGACGAAGACGACUGGGACCCCGAAAAGAGCCUCGACAGCCCGAAGCCCGCCGACACCGAGCGCGCCAGCGGUGACAAGCCCGAAGCGGCCGACGACAAGCAAAAGGACAAAGCCAAGGAAGAACAAGAGGACGGCGAGGUCGAGGAUGAAGGUUUCCAAUUUGGCAACAGCAUCUACAGCGUCAAGUUCCCGGGCAAGACACCACCAGACGGCACCUUCCGUCCGCCAUACGGCUGGAAAUACUCAUACUGGCUGACGGAAGCCGUCGAGGCGCCUGAAUACGUGGUUCCUUGGGAAGCUUUCCGUGCGCUGGCAGAAGACUUCAACCUCGAACUGCAGUACCGCAAGCCUUUCCGGGAGAUUUGGGAGGAGCAAAAGGACGACCCCAUUCUCGGACCUCUGAGUGAAGUCAUGAAGGUGCGAGAUCGUAACACAGGUCGAUUACUGACUUCGGACGAGGAGUUGGAGGCGGCCGACUUUUACCAUGCCUUUUGUUUCUACAAGGUUUAG